AUGGGUUUUAGUGAGAAGACUUCAAAUGGAGCGACGUUGAUAUCCGAUCUUCCAAGGGAUUUGGCGGAGGAGGUGCUCUCAAGGCUUCCGGUGACAUCUCUGAGAGGAGCGCGAUCCACCUGCAAAAAGUUGAACACUUUAACGAAAACUCAGAGCUUUACAAAGAAGCACAUCGGUGAAGCAAAGAAGAAGCAGAGGACGGAGUUUCAGGUGGUCAUGGUUCUCGAAUAUAAGCUUUAUUUGUAUAGUGUCAAUCUCCUCUGUGAUCCAUCUCUAGAGCGUAUAGUGGAUCCAACCCAGAAAUUCUUACAACAGAUAGACAGGUACGCUCUGGGGUACGAGAGGAAGAGCAGCCACUCGCUCCGUAGCUACAAAGUGUUGAGAUUUAUGGAUGAUUACGACUCGAGCGUGAAGCACCGAAUCACUGAGUUUGAAAUCUACAGUUUAGACUCUGAUUCGUGGAAGGUUGUUCAUGUGAAUCCGGACUGGGAUAUAGAGUAUUUUCAUCGUGGCGUGUCUCUCAAGGGAAACACUUACUGGUAUGCUCAAGAGAAGAUUCCAAUAGAUCCACACGAAGAGGGAGAUAUAUCAGAUCAACGUGAUUUCUUGCUCUGCUUUGAUUUUACAACGGAGAGAUUUGGACCGCGCCUGCCUCUGCCUUUCCACUGCUUUGGAGAAACAGUGACUCUAUCUAGUGUUGAGAGAAGAUCAGCUCGCGGUCUUGUAUCAGAUAGGUGA